AUGCAAACUUGCACCCUUGCCAUUGCGACAUUCGCAAUGCAAAAGCUCAUAGAACAAAGCGAGCAACGACAAGCACUUCAGAGCCGAAACAGAGCCAAGUUCACUUGUCCUCUGAACGCUGGUCCUUUUGUGUACAACUCAUUUCCAGCUGCCAGAGAUGUCAGUUCGGAAUCUGAUUGUCGGGAUGCUAUUGCUGGAGACAACAUUGAAGCUGAGAUGAUGGAGACUUAUACCUUGCCCUCCAUCCUUCUUUGGGAAUCGUCGCAAGUAGCAAGGCGGAUCUGUCUGUGGCCGAGCUUGCUAAACGAUUCUCCUGUCUUUCUGUUGACUGCAAUGACAUGGAAGUUGACCAAGACGAAAUGGAACAUUGAUCUACCUUCAAUUGACUGGAUGCAAGUCGAUAUUGAUGAAACGGAAGUCGAUCUACCUUCAAUUGACUGGAUGGACGUAGACGAUGACGAUAUGGAUGUCGAUGGUCCAUAUUAG